CUUUUUUAUUAGCUGUUUAUGGUUCAAUUUCGGUUCUGGUGGGGUGCUACUAUGCCAUGAAAAUAUUUUCCCGUCUUUUUCUCCGCAAAAAUAUAAACUUUUAACUUCCUUUUGACACUCAGUUUUUCUCUCUGAGCUGAAGCCAGUCUGGGAUUUUUCUUUUCUUUUUCCCUUUGAUGGUUUUCUCCAAGUUCUUCUCUGCUUCAACAUACAGCUAAAUCAUGGGGAAGGCGUUGACCUCUACAAAAUGAUAUCUUUAAACCCCCCCAAACUCUGAAUUUCUAGUGAUUCAGGAUCAGCGACGUGAUUUUUAGGCAAUUAGGAUCUUUCUAAGCCCAAGAUUUGCUGAUUUGGUCCGCCUUAAUCGCGGUGGACCUAUCUGGAAUAGUGUAGCUGUUAAUGGAUACGGAUGCCAAGGAUUCUAACGGCUGCGUCAAUAAGCCUGUGGCCUCUGUAGAUGCUGAAAGGGUUGAGGAUCGAACUAAUGGAGAAGAUGAUAGCGAUUCGCAUUCAUUGUUGCCGCCACGUAGAGGAGGGCUUUCGAGGAAGUCGGAUAAAACCCGACGGAAAGUGCAGUGGAACGACAGAAAUGGAAACCAACUUGUUGAGGUGUUGGAAUUCAUACCGAGUGAUGAUAGCGACUCAGAGGAUGAGGAGUCAGAUUCUUGUAUUUGUACAAUAAUGUAGAGAUCCUCUGGAUAAACUGCCUCGAACAUUCUGCUGGUUAAUCAAGAAAUCAUUCUUGCCGCCUCUAUUGUUGAAAUACACGUGACAGCCACCGGUUCAAUGACCAAGAUUGGAGGCUUCUCAUUCUCAAUAUUUGGUUCCAGUUCAUCUCACUUGGGUUUGAGAUGAUUUCCAAGGUUGAAGAUCGAGUGAGUUCUCACAUGCAGAUCAAAGUACAGACUUAAUUUGCAGCGAGAUGAUUUUGGACAAUGAUGACAGUGGUGCGGCUUAAAUGUAUGUAAAAUAAAUGAGUUCUUUCAUGCUUAGUUAUAUUUACGGAUUCUGCAAGAGUUGUGCACUUCGUUGUGUAAAUUAUUAUAUAUUUUAUUGAAGAGCAACUGCCUUGUAAUUAUUCCCCUUAUCCUAAUUGUCAAUACGUGGAACAAAUCUUCAUGAUCACUUGUGACAUAUAAUUUAUAAUUUAUCAUA